GGCCAACCAGACCUCACUACCACCAACACCACCUAUCCAUCCAUCCAUCCAUCCAUCCCCUCCGUUCUUGGCCCAGUCCCAGUCCAGUCCAGUCCAGCCCAGAUGAUGCCCCCAAACAGAGAGGGGAGAGAGAUAGAGAAAGCGUUCCCACAUGCCGCCUGCUCCCCGUCCACUCGAGGACCCCUGGCCGCGAACGAUUGCUUGCAUUCAUCGCAUUGCUUGCAUCCUCGUGUGGUAUCUGUCCCACGCGAAAGAAAAUAGACAGCAGCAUCCUCCUCGCAGGUCUAGAGCUCCAAAAAGUCAGCUCCACCGUCAAGAUCCCCCCCCGGGGUACUCGCCAGGUAUCCUUCCCUUCCCUUCACUUAGCGAGGCCAUCCCACCAGUUCGUGAGCAUCUUCGUCCAUUUUCCCUCCCAUCCGACUCAAUUAAAGCCCAUGUCACGGCCAUAGCUCCCCCACCAUCCCGACUCCUAAUUCCCCGACCUCCCCUUCCUUCAGCUUGACCUCGCGUCCGUCCGUGUCUAGCGCCACCGAGACACAGAGACAACUUUUUUCUGCUCUUCUUUUUCGCUCCCCAUAGGGUCGCAUUCUCCAGCCUUGCAUAUCGCUGCACACAAGGGUUUUCCGAGUGCCCCGUCUGUGUGGGCUUUCUGGUUUCUGGUUUCUCCUCCCACCGGGACUCACCACCACUCACUCACCUGUUUCACUCACCUUCAUCUUUCUCUCUCAAAUUCUCACUGUUACUUUUAUCACCUUCGCUCUGUCGCCCUCAAUCUCACUCGCACUCACACAACCUCCCACCUCCACAACCCACACCCACGACGGCCUGAUCCCGGCCACCCAUUCACCGUCCCCCGUCCCCCACCGCCCAACAUGGGAUUCUUCGACUUCGACACGGGCAGUGUCAUCUCCGGCCGCUCCUCCCACUCGCGCCGCCACUCCUCCAAGAAGCACCACAGCAGCAGCAGCAAGCACCGCUCCCGCUCCCGCUCCUCCUCCGAGCGCUCCCGCAAGCGCCACGCCGGCGCCUCCGCCCCGAGCAUCGCCGCCUCCAUCUUCGGCGGCGGCGACUACCAGAAGCACAACUCGUCGCGCUCCUCCUUCUUUGGCAUUCCCAAUGCCUCGCGCUCCUCCUUCUUCGGCUUCGGAGGCCGCAGCCCCUCGUACUACAAACGCUCCCCCCGCAGCGGCUUCGUCCAAAAGACGCUCAAGCAGGUCAAGCGUCUCUGGCGCGACCUCGUGUACUACGCGAAAAAGCAUCCAUACAAGGUCGUAGCCCUCGUCCUCAUGCCCCUCCUUACCGGCGGCUUCCUCACUGCCCUGCUCGCCCGCUUCGGCUUGCGCCUGCCCCCCGCUGUCGAGCGCAUGAUUGGCAUCGGCGCAAAGGCUGCCUCAGGCGAUUCCCUUGGCCUCGUCGGCGAGGCCGUCCGCAUGGCCAGCGGUGGUUUCGGCGGCGCCGCUGCCGCCGCCACUCGCGCCGGCAGCGUACACGUCGAGAGGGGGUACGAUGGUGACUUCGCCUGGGAGAGGAGGAGUGUCGAGCGCGAAGGCGGAUUCGGUGGCGGCGGCGGAGGCGGCUGGACCGACGGCCUUAUGAAGGGCGUUGCCAAGAUGUUCAUCUGA